UGGCCGGCCUGGAGGGCAUCCCGGUAGUGAACCAGCCGCUAUGGCCGGGAAGUUGAACCUGGCCUCUUGUCUGCUGCCGCUGCUCUUCUGCUCGGCCCUGGUGUCCAGCUCCAAGAUGCUGCCUCUGGUGCUUAACACUUGGCCCUUUAGAAAUGCAACCGAAGCAGCGUGGUGGACACUGAUCUCAGGUGGCUCAGCUGUGGAUGCGGUGGAGAAAGGCUGUACUCAGUGUGAGAAGGAACAGUGUGAUGGGACUGUGGGCUUUGGUGGGAGCCCCGAUGAGCUGGGAGAGACCACGCUGGAUGCCAUGAUCAUGGAUGGCACUACGAUGAACGUUGGAGCUGUUGGGGAUCUUAGACGAAUUAAAAAUGCCAUUGGUGUAGCACGAAAAGUGAUGGAUCAUACGUCACACACACUUUUAGUUGGAGAAUCAGCCACCAAGUUUGCGGAAAGUAUGGGGUUUAAGAAUGAGGAUUUAUCAAGUGAUGCUUCUCAAUCUCUUCAUUCCAAUUGGCUGUCGAAGAAUUGCCAGCCAAAUUUUUGGAAGAAUGUUAUACCAGAUGCUUCAAAAUUCUGUGGACCCUACACACCACCUACUGUCAGAAAACUAGAGAGACCGAUCCUUGUAGAACCAAUUGACAAGCUCGGGCAUGAUACUAUUGGCAUGGUUGUCAUCAAUAAGCUGGGAAAUACUGCAGCUGGCACAUCAACAAAUGGUUUAAAAUUCAAAAUACCAGGGAGGGUAGGAGAUUCACCCAUCCCUGGAGCCGGAGCCUAUGCAGAUGACAUGGUCGGAGCAGCUGCUGCCACUGGCAAUGGUGACCUGCUCAUGCGCUUUCUGCCAAGCUACCAAGCAGUAGAGUACAUGAGACAAGGAGACAGUCCAGCGAAAGCUUGCCAGAAAGUGGUACUAAGAAUUCAGUCAUAUGUUCCAGACUUCUUUGGGGCUAUUAUAUGUGCCAACAAGACUGGAAGUUAUGGUGCUGCUUGUAAUAAACUUCCAACAUUUACUCAGUUUAGCUAUAUGGUUUAUAAUUCUCUAGAUGACCAGCCAACUGAAGAAAUAACAAACUGCAUCUGAUUUGUCUUUCCUCUCGGCAUCUAGAGUUGGUGAAGAAAGAAGCAAAGGGUCUCUCUUGUCCAGUGGCUCGUGUAUUCUAAAUUCUAGGUGUCAAAUCAACACAAGAAAUAAAUACAUGCCAAAGUA